UCCGCUGCUGAGGUGAGGCGGUCGCCCAGUCCGUGGGGUUACUACUGCUGCCGCUGCCGCUGCCGCUGGCUGGGAGGGUCGGGAGAACGGGUGGGGAGAGCCGACGCCUACACUCGCGGCGGGCGCGACGCCAGGGCGGGUCCCUCGACCCGCCUACGGCCUCGCGGCCGCGCUGGAACGGCUGGGCGGGCCCGGGUGAGCCCUGCGCGUCGGGCCUUUGUCCUCCGGGCGGGAACCCCAGACGCACGGGCGAGCCGGGCCUAACGUCCCCGGCGAAGCAAACGCGAGCUUAAGUCGCCCGCGAAGAGCGGCGGGCACUGUCCCUCAGGGGUGCGAGGCCGGUGGCUGCGAACCAGGUGGGUAUUGCAGUUGCUUUCAGUAAUCACCCAGAUCCACUGCUCCUGGCCCAGCUCCUGGUGGAUUAAUGCUGCAGGAUGGCAGCCAUCAACCCGUGGGCUUCCUGGGGUAUCCUUACGGACCAGCCCUGGGGGAUGGCGGCUGUUGACCCGUGGGCCUCCUGGGCUCUGUGUCCUCAGGACUCUACCUGGUGCGUGGAGAAGACCCCUGAAGAGAGGAGGAGGGCCCCCAGGCUUCCGACAGCCCAGGCCCAGGAACCAGUGACCUUCAAGGAUGUGGCUGUGGACUUCACCCAAGAGGAAUGGGGACAGCUGGACCCUAUUCAGAGGACCCUGUACCGUGAUGUGAUGCUGGAGACCUAUGGGCAUCUGCUCUCUGUGGGGAAUCAGAUCGCCAAGCCCGAGGUCAUCUCCCUGUUGGAGCAAGGAGAAGAGCCGUGGUCAGUGGAGCAGGCAUAUCCUCCUGAAGGCACUUGUCCAGAAUGGAUGAGAAAUCUUGAAAGCAAAGCGUUGAUCCCAACACAGAGCAUUCUUGAGGAGGAACAGUCCCAUAGCAUGAAGUUGGAGAGAUACAUAUGGGAUGAUCCUUGGUUCUCCAGGUUAGCAGUUGUGGGAGGUAAAGACCAAUUAGAAAUGUAUCACAUGAACCAGAGUACAGCUGUGAGGCAGAUGGUCUUCAUGCAAAAGCAGGUACUGUCUCAAAGAGGCUCUGAGUUCUGUGAACUGGGGGCAGGGUGUAGCCAGAGCCUAAGCAUUGUUCCAUCUCAGAAAGUUCCUCGAAUAGAACAUUUCUAUAAGCCUGAUACAAAUGCUGAAAGUUGGAGAUGUGACUCAGCCAUAGUGUAUGCAGACAAGAUUACCUGUGAAAAUAAUGAGUAUGACAAAGCCUUCUACCACUCCAUGCAACCUGUUCACCCUGCAAGGGUGCAGACUGGAGAUAAUCUUUUCAAAUGUACUGACGCUGUUAAAUCUUUCAAUCAUAUACUACAUUUUGGUGAUCAUAUGGGAAUGCAUACAGGAGAAAAACUAUAUGAAUAUAAGGAAUGCCAUCAAAUCUUUAACCAGAGCCCAUCAUUUAGUGAACAUCCAGGACUUCAUAUUGGAGGAAACCAGUAUGAUUACAAAGAAUAUGAGAAUAUCUUUUACUUUUCAUCCUUUAUGGAACAUCAAAAAAUUGGUACUGUAGAGAAAGCAUAUAAGUACAAUGAAUGGGAGAAAGUCUUUGGGUAUGACUCAUUCCUUACACAGCAUACAAGCACUUACACUGCAGAGAAACCCUACGAAUAUAAUGAAUGUGGGACGUCUUUCAUCUGGAGCUCUUACCUUAUCCAACAUAAGAAAACGCAUACUGGAGAGAAACCCUAUGAAUGUGAUAAAUGUGGAAAAGUUUUUAGGAAUCGUUCAGCCCUUACUAAACAUGAACGGACUCACACUGGAAUCAAACCCUAUGAAUGUAAUAAAUGUGGAAAAGCCUUCAGCUGGAAUUCUCAUCUUAUCGUACACAAGAGAAUUCAUACGGGAGAGAAACCUUAUGUAUGUAAUGAAUGUGGGAAGUCUUUCAACUGGAACUCCCAUCUUAUUGGACAUCAGAGAACUCAUACUGGAGAGAAACCUUUUGAAUGUACUGAAUGUGGGAAAUCUUUCAGCUGGAGCUCCCAUCUUAUUGCCCACAUGAGAAUGCAUACUGGAGAGAAGCCCUUUAAAUGUGAUGAAUGUGAAAAAGCUUUUAGGGAUUACUCAGCCCUUAGUAAACAUGAAAGAACUCACUCUGGAGCAAAACCAUAUAAAUGUACUGAAUGUGGAAAAUCCUUCAGCUGGAGCUCCCACCUUAUUGCCCAUCAGAGAACUCACACAGGAGAGAAACCCUAUAACUGUCAGGAAUGUGGCAAAGCAUUCAGAGAACGUUCAGCCCUCACUAAACAUGAAAUAAUUCAUUCUGGAAUUAAGCCCUAUGAAUGUAAUAAAUGUGGAAAAUCAUGCAGCCAGAUGGCUCACCUUGUUAGACAUCAAAGGACUCAUACUGGAGAGAAGCCCUAUGAGUGCAAUAAAUGUGGAAAAUCCUUCAGCCAGAGUUGCCACCUUGUUGCCCAUCGGAGAAUCCACACUGGUGAGAAACCCUACAAAUGUAAUCAAUGUGAAAGAUCCUUUAACUGUAGCUCUCAUCUUAUUGCACACAGGAGAACUCAUACUGGAGAGAAACCAUAUAGAUGUAAUGAAUGUGGGAAAGCAUUUAAUGAGAGUUCUUCCCUUAUUGUACAUCUGAGAAACCAUACUGGAGAAAAACCCUACAAAUGUAAUCAUUGUGAGAAAGCUUUCUGUAAGAAUUCUUCUCUUAUUAUUCAUCAGAGAAUGCAUAGUGGAGAGAAACGCUUUAUAUGCACUGACUGUGGAAAAGCCUUUAGUGGUCACUCAGCCCUACUUCAACACCAGAGAAAUCAUAGUGAAGAGAAACUCUGUGAAUUGAAUUGAUGAGAGAUUUUUCUUUUAUUGUACAUUUGAUAACACAUUGCAAAAAACCCUAUAAGUGUAAUCAAGAGGGGAAAUUUUUAAUACGAGUUCAGUAAGACUUCUCCCCUUGUUAAUCAGUAGAAAUUAUCUUCGUAGAAGAAACCUGUGAAUGAAAAGAAUAGGCAAAAGCCUUCCACAGUUGUGUAGACUUUAUUUAACAUCAAAUAAUUACAGUGAAGAGGACACCAGGAAUCCUACUUGAGCAACAUGAACGUAGGGAAUGAGACAUCUUUUAGUAAGAGAUCUCAACUAUUUGUGGAUCAGAGUGCAUUGUUAAGGGAAAAUCUUUAUCCUAGGAAAAGUGUUUCAACUAGAAAUACGCUGUUUCGCAUCAAGCUGGAAUAUUGGAUGGAAGCUUUACAGUAACAUUUUGUGCAUCAUUACGGAAACACAGAUUGUGCUAUUAUAAGGGGAGGGUCUGGGUGCCCUUUAAGGAAUAGAAUAUGGAAUACUAAACCUGAAUUUAAGGGAAAAAAAAGUGUUGAAUGCGAUAUUUACUGUUGAUCGAGAUUAACCUUAGAAAAGAUUAGUAAAUGAGAUUACUAAUGAUGGAAUGGUAUUGCCCAUAAGUAUGAGACUGAUGUUGGAACAAAAGGUGAUACUUAAUAACCCAGUGUGUCAGUGACCAUGGUUUACUCAUUACUGCAUUGUUGGACAAUUAGUUUGUAAUCUGUUUUAGGCAGUCACUGUAAGUUAUAAAUUAUGGAUACUGAGUCAAUAUACAUAACAAAAAGAAUAAAAAGGACACAAAAUUGUAUAUACAUAUCUACUAUAACAUCUAAAAAGUGUAUAUGCAUAACGACUGGAAAGACUCAUGGAUAAAUUAACCCAGUUAAGGUUUUUUUUAAAGUUUUACAAACACAUACAGCACUUAUCAUGUGCUAGACUUUGUUUUAAAUACUCUUCAAAUAUUAACUUGUUCAGUCCUGUUAAUUCUAUGAGAUAGGUACUAUUAUUAGCCCAGUUUUACAAAGGGAGAAACUGAGGCAGAAAUCAUGAGAAACCUACCUAAGGACACACAGCUAGUUAGGAAUAGAAAGAUUGUUCGGCUCCAGAGAUUGUUUUAACCACUGUGUUGCACUGCCUCUGCAGUGAUUUUUUUCCCCUAAUGUUUUUUUUUUAAUUUUGUCCAGUGUUCUUAUAGUAGAUAUUUGAUAAUAAAAAUCAAAUUCCUAAACAAUGAGAAAUAAAGUUACCUGGCUUUCUGCCCUGUGGGAUUUCGGGUACCAUGAGAGCAAAGCUCCCUUUGGAAUAUGAAGUCUGGAUUGGACAUUCAGAAUCAGUGCAUUUUCUGGGCCCUGGGUUCCCUAAAAUUUCACCACCUAUGACUCUGAAGAUUACAGCAGAGCAGGGGCUGGAGGACUCACUGGAGGUUUGGGCAAGUCAGAGGAAAUGCCCCUUGAUGGGUUUAGAAUGCCCUUCAUGAGGCAGAGGGCAAGAGACACAUCUGCACAUGAGAGCACCAUUUCUCGAGGUCUCCCUAGAAUUCAAUGUUUAUAUUUUCUUUAUCUUCUCCAGAUGAAGAGAUUACUUGAUAGUAGGGAAGAUUCAGAAGGGAAAGGAGCUAAUCAGUCAUAAAACGAGGAAGUUUCUCUGAGUGCUCAGAGUGGAAUCGGGGCAAGAUGAAUAGGAGGACUUGGGUGGCGUUUCUUCGGUUCACAAAUAUUUCCUGUAUUUCCCUAAGGUACGGCUAUCAUUAGGGGCCAGCAGUCCUUCCUGGAUGGGUUUCAGGGGCAUUGGUUAGCAAUCCAGGGUACAGAAGGUUCAUCUAGUUCUUGAGGGGUCCAUGACUCUCCAGUGGUUGAGAAAAAGUGGCCUGCUGGUAUGGUGGGACUCUGUGCUCACUGUCAGACUCCCGUAGCUGGCGCUUCCAUAGGUAUGUAACACUGACCCUACCUUAAUGUAUAGGGGUUACACAGUAAAGGUUGCCGGGGUAAAUUCAUUGGAUUCUUGUGUGCUUUGUGCCGAGAUCCUUGGCGAGGACACAGGCAGCACUAUUAACCUCUGUAUGACACGGCAGCCUAGUGCAUCGAGAGGCGCACUGCCAAUAUAUGGGUAUGGUGCCCUAAUACCCUAAGCAAUACACUUCGAACCCAGAGCGUCUGACGUAGGGACUACAGAGGAGUUUGUAAGUCAUACACAAAUACUCCACAAGCAUCCUGGCAAGUUCUGUAACUGUACCACCAAGCUUAGUAUCUUUUAAAAAAUACUUCUAAAAGGGCCUCCUGGACUUCUAAAGUGUCCUUCUAAAAGGGUCCCAGACUUCUGCUUCCUCCUAGAAGGAUUCCCUACCUCCCUACCACCUAUUACACAACCUUGUGUAUGCCAAGGGCUCUCAGGUCCCCUCUUACCUCCCUUAUUCUAACCCACAUCUAGCUCAGUUCAUUGCCCUUUUGAUCCCCACGCUCCACUCUUCCCCAACUCUGAAACCUGCUGGGCCCAGGUGGAACUCUCCAUUCAGCCACCUUCUGCUGUGACUGAAACUUGGGUCUCCCCUCUGCACAGUACCUUUUCUUACGAUCCUUGCGGGGAGUGGCUGCUUUCUCUCCCGCUCUUCAUUUGUCGCUUCUUCUUUGUUUCCCCUCCCUUCUCUCUAAAACUGAGUUCUGACUCUUGGGACACCAAACUGUCGUAUCACUCUUGCUUCCCUCUGUUGCAGUCACCUUAUGAAUGGUUCACCCUUCCCAUCCGUAAAGAUUUCAGCUCUUGCUGUAUUGCAUCUAAAACCACCCCCAUCAUAAUACCUCCUGAUUUUAUUGUCCAGGUAGAUGAUCUUCCUGUGUCCUGACCUCACAGUUCUUUGACCUGUCUGCUCACGGUUUUGUCACCCACCCUGCAACAGACAGUCACUCCCAUUGUCAUCCCUAGGACCAUUCCAUUACCAGUGACUGGAACCUCUCCACCAUUGGUUUCAAGUGUCUUUUCCUAAGCUAGUUGGCUGUUUAGUACCAAGAUUCCAACAAUCCCUUCACUGAAUCUUCCCUUACGCUUGCUCCCAGCAGACGACUUUGCUUCCUGUUUCCCUGAGUGACAGAAGCCAGCAGAGGCCUUACAUGACAUCUGUCCACCUUCCCUACCCACUUUCCGUAAUUUCCGUGCCUUCCCACUGGUGCCUGUAUAUGAACUGACUGGGUUGGCACCAGAGCCUGUCCCAUGUCCACUACUCCAAGACAUCGCUCCAGCAAGUUUCCCUUAUCUCUUGUAUCCUCAGGUUUUCUAUAUAUACUGGAUUAUCCCCAUGGACAUGUAAACAUACUUUAAAAAAAAAACAAAACAAAAAACCCUCUGGCUCCUGAAUCAUUCUCUGCUUUGUUUCAGAAAGCAAAAUAUCUCAAAAGUUGUCUCUUCUUGCUGUCUUCACCUCCCUUCCAUUCUUUCUUUUUUUAAAAAAAAUAUUUAUUAUUUUUGGUUGUGUCGGGUCUUAGUUGGGGCACACGGGAUCUUUCAUUGCGGUGCAUGGGCUUCUCUCUAGUUGUGGCACGCAGGCUUAGUUGCCUGGCAACAUGUGGAAUCUUAGUUCCCCGACCAGAGAUUGAACCUGCGUCCCCUGCAUUGGAAGGCGGAUUCUUAACCACUGGACCACCAGGGAAGACCCCUUUCCAUUCUUUCUUGGACCCACUCCAAAACCUACCUUGCUGCCAGAUGACCUCCACACUGCUAAAUCCAGUGGUCAGUUCUGUUUUCUUCCUUGACGUUAUCAGCAGCAUCUUAGAUUCUUAGAUAAUAGAUCAUUCCCUCCUUGAAACACGUUCACGUGGCUUUGGGGACUUGCCUCCUGCCUCUCUGGCCUUCAUUUCAGGCCCCUUGGCUGUUCCUUCCCCACCUCCUUUACCUCUUACUGUCCGACUGACCACUUCCCAUCUGCUCACAGUGCCUUGAUCUCAUCCAGUCUUGAAGCCCUGUAAACACCACUGGUAUGCUGAUGACUCUCCCUUUAAGGCCACAGUUCGAUGAAUUUUGAAAAAUGUCAACACCCUUGCAACCACCACUACAAUAAAAAUAGAGAAGAUUUGCCCUUCUCCAAAAAGUUCCCUCAUGUCUUUUCACAGUUAAUCUCCACCCUACCCCAAGACCUGGGCAACCACAUGUCUGCUUUGACAGUACAUAUUAGAAUUGUCUUUUAGAGUUUUAUAAAGAUAGAAUCAUACAGUAUUGUAUUCAUAUGCUACGUUUGUAUCUAGAUUCUUUUGCUCAGCAUGUUUUGGAGGCUCAUCCACGUUGUAGCAUUUAUCAGCAGUCUACUUUCUUUGCUGAGUAGCUUUCCAUUAUGCGGAUGUGCCACAGGCAGUAGUCAUCCUGUUCACCUGUAGAUGGACACUGACUUGUUUCCAGUUCUGGGCUAGUGUAAAUAUAGCUGCUAUGGACAUUCUUCUUCAGGGCUUUUUUGUGUAUGCAGGUUUUCAUUUAUCUUGGGUAAAAACCUAGAAGUGGAAUAGCUGAGUUGUAUGGUAAGUAAACGUUUAACUUCAUAAGACAUUUCUAUGGGCCUUUUAAUCUGAUGUCUUUAUUCUGUUUUACAUUCUGGGAAAUUUAUCUCAUUUUUUUUUUUUUUUUUUUUU